CUUCCCAAAUUAUUCUGAUAUUCUAAUUGAAGCCCAAAUUCGAACGAUUUAAUUUUUAUUUCUCAGAUUAGUGCCAAUCAUUAUAUGUUUAUUUGGGAAUCCCUACCGGUGACAUAUCCGGAAGUCACUUCUCAGGGGCGUAACCGAACAGGUUGAAGAAAACACACACAGCGAAACAAGAUGGGUACGAAAGAUGAUGAGUACGAUUAUUUAUUCAAAGUUGUUCUCAUUGGAGACUCUGGUGUGGGCAAAAGUAACCUGCUAUCAAGAUUCACAAGGAAUGAGUUCAACUUAGAAAGCAAAAGCACAAUUGGUGUGGAAUUUGCCACGAGAAGCAUACAAGUGGACAACAAGACGAUAAAAGCACAGAUAUGGGACACAGCAGGUCAAGAAAGAUAUAGGGCAAUCACUAGUGCAUAUUACAGAGGGGCAGUAGGAGCAUUGCUUGUAUACGACAUUGCAAAGCAUCUAACAUACGAGAAUGUAGAACGAUGGCUCAAAGAGCUAAGAGACCAUGCAGAUAAUAAUAUUGUUAUAAUGUUAGUCGGCAACAAGAGUGAUCUGAGGCAUUUGAGGGCAGUACCAACAGAUGAAUCCAAAGUCUUUGCAGAAAGAAAUACUCUAUCCUUCAUAGAAACCUCAGCCUUGGAUUCAACAAAUGUAGAACAGGCCUUUGUUCAAAUUCUGACAGAAAUUUACAAGAUUGUGUCACAGAAGAAUAUCCGAGACGGUGGUAACGGGGAGGACUCGCCCAGCUCGGAUGUCAAGCCCAUCACCAUUCCACCCACACAUGGCUACACUGAACCUAACAAGAGGAAAUGCUGUCAAUCAUAAGGUCCAAUCUUCCUCGUCUUACAGGCUCAACACUAACAAACAGGGAGACUAUAAAGGAAAAAAGAAAAAAAAUAUUAAUGAAAGGAAAAUAAAUAUCGAGAAUAUUAUGUAAUUUUAUCUCCAUCUCUCUUAGUUAUUCUAUUUUGGCCGACUGUGUUGAGAUAGAUAUGAGUCGUAGGAAUAUUGUGGCAGAUUCGACCCUCUAUCUUUUGUACAAAUUUUUUUUUGGUGUGUGUGUAUAAUACAAAGAUUCUGUGAAGCUGUGCGGUAAGGAUGGCAGGAAACUAAACUUGUCUGUCAGUACUGCUGGUUGAGAAAAAAUAAAAUAAAAUCUAUUGUACAGAAGAUGAGAAAUGGCGGGAAGUCUUGCCUCUGCAGAUUAACUUGUAGCUACAUUGCUCUGAUUCUUAUACAAAGAUGUGUCAUGAUGGGAUGAGGAGAGACAGUCCCGAGUUUGAUUACAGAUGUUAUCAAGAACAUACUAUGCACAUAGCAUUUUAAGAAUAUCCUGCUAUUUUGAUGGAAUUGAAUAAAUACUCACCAGAGGGUCUUUAUCAUUUGCAGAGCAUUGUAGCUGUAAUACCUGUUAAAUAUUAAAGAAAAAUAGAUAUUUUACAUGAAGAAAAGAUGAAUGAUUUGUGUGGUAAUUAGAGGUGAAUGCAUUCCAUAGGAAUCUGUAGGCUGUAAAGUCUUAUCAAAUCCAAAUUGGCUGUAUAUGGAUACUAAAAUACUUUCUCUCACUCUCUCUACAAGGAAAUACUAACUCAUGGUUCUUUUUGUAAGUGCUGUAGUAGUUAGGUGGUUUCCUAGAAAUAGUGAAUUCAGAAAGUCUCCCGAAAGGGGGAUGGGUAUAACUUUCACAUAUUUACAGGUUGUAACAGCUUCUGAAAAUAAUACGUCUUUGUCAAAAUUUAAUUUUCUCAGAACGUAGAUAAGGGCGUACUUGCCAGCCAGCACUUCUCUUUGUAAUACCUAUAAGCACUAUACAUGUACAUGUAGCAUGCUGUAUGCUUUGGAGGGGGG